GAGACUGGAGAAUUGUGGAAUGGUUUCAUAUCUUUUAAAACUAGAAUGAUUCAAUUUUCCAAAGAAGAUACAAUCUCAAGAAAGUAUAACCUCAUUGCCUAUUUUAAAUGUUUUAAGGUGAGGUGUCUGUUAAUUUAAACCGGGAAAAUGAUUCACGAACUUCUCCUUCACUUAUGGAACAACCCAGCAAUUGUGGGAGAAGGCGAUGAAAAUAAUUACAGCAAUUUGUUUGAACUACCGCAAUUCCUGCAUCCCGGGGAACACAAAUUAUUGCACAAAAUCAUAGAAAUUGCAGCGAAUUACCACAAAAUUGUGUCAUAUGUUAAUAAUGUAUUGGGCCAGAAUCAAAGCGAGUUGGAGCCGACUUUGACCGAAAAUUCAUCAAACCAACUGUAUUUGAAAGCGUUUUGCAAUGGCAUUCAAAGCGUUCUCGAAGAUUAUCGCGAAGAAAUACUCAGACUAGAAAACAUGUUUCUGGAACACCCUCGGUUGUCAUUAACAUUUGUGCUUAGUUCUGUUGAUAAAUACAGAGGGGUUUUUGGCAUUUUGCAGGCAAUUAUAAGGCAAGUGCAAGGCGAGAAUUUGAAAGGCUGUUUAUUGUUAAAUAGUUUGCACAAGUAUGUCAAUUGUGGUGUGGAAGAAUAUGAAGAAGCUACUAACAAGGUCAUUAAGUGCAUCAAUACUGUGUUUUAUCAGCAUUUGUGUAAUUGGAUAAUAUAUGGUGACUUGGUAGACCCUUGCAAUGAAUUUUUUGUGUGCGAUGGUAAUGUACCUGAUGAAAACUUUUUGUAUCCUGAGCAAGGUAAUGGCGGCGAAACGAUUUCGAUUCGGUCAAAAAUCUGUCGGCCUCCGAAUGUAAGGAAAUUCUUUAUAAAUUGGAACAUGUUGCCCAUGUUUAUUACAGAAGAUUGCGCUGAGAGUAUAUUGUUUAUGGGAAGAAUCGUUUGGAUCGUCAGAAAUAAGCCGGCAGUAACGGAAAAAAUCAGUGAUUACCAAACAAAAUUUAAAAAGGAUGUGUGGGAGGGUCGCGAUAUGGAAUAUUAUUUGAAAAUACAAGCCUUAAAUGCGCAGAACUUUAAUGCUGUAGAAUUCAGAAAGACCCUGGAGGAGUGCAGAAUAAAGCUGACUAAGCAUUUAUGGUCCCUAAUGUUGGAGGAGGGUAAUCUCACGGAACACUUGACAUUGAUCAGAGACUAUUAUGCUUUGGGGAGGGGAGAGCUUUUCCAACAAUUCUUGUCGGUUUCCGCCGCAAGUUUAGCGGACAUUCCCGCCGAUUCCAUAAUGCACCACAUUAAUUUCGUAUUCCAAGAGACAGCGAGGAAAAUAUACGGGGAAAACGACAAGAGCUACUCUCGGUUCGAGUUGGAUUCCCCCAGCAUCGAGAUAUCACGUGUGAACCCGUGGCAACGUCUGCAGCUAAAUUUCGAAAUAACUUGGCCACUGCACAUAGUGUUCCACCCGCAGGUUAUGGCAUUGUACAACAAAUUGUUCAGUUUCCUGCUGAGAUUAAAAAAGACGCAAAUCAAUUUGCACAAAGUGUGGUCCAGUCACACAUUCAGUCAACAAAUGAUCGACCGAAGGGUGUGGAUGUUGCGUCAGAAUCUGAUGUUCCUGGUUGAUAACCUGCAGUACUAUGUACAGGUGAACGUUAUUGAAGCCCAGUUUUCGCUAUUACUGAAAGCGGUCAAGACCGCCAACGAAUUUGAGGACAUUAUUAAAGUUCAUCAGGAGUUUGUGGUGAAUUUGUUGUCAAAGGCGUUUCUUUUAAUGCCCGACGAGUCUCAAAAAAGUGGCAGCAAACACAGACUUUAUCAAAUGCCCGCGUUGCAAAACAAUGUCCCGAGCAAGGUUUACGAUGUAAUCAUAAAAUUACUGGAGUUGUGCGACCAGUUUUGUUUGGCUGCCAGCACUUGGAAAGGGGAAAUUACUGAAGCAGAUUUGGAAGGACUGGAAGCAUUUCAAAAAAAGACUGACACAACCAUAGAAUCCUUGCUGAUAGUUUUAUAUACUCUUCAUGAGAAAGUGAGCGGCGGGCAUUUGUUGCAACUGCUUUUGCAUCUCGAUUUCAAUAAGUAUUUUAGUAAAAAUCGAAUGGAUCUGAACUUGACUAACAUCUUGAAAUUCUAAUUUUAUCCACAAUAGUGAUUUAUUUCAAAACAAUAAUGGAAAGGCUAUAAAUAAAUAUAUCCAAAUAUUUUUUUUUCUUAAUAAAAGUAAUCC